CUUUAACAUUAAAAUGCGUGUUUAUGUAUUCUUUUUCACAUAAUGAUAAAAAUAGAAACGUCAUUAUAUCACGGGUAGAGGUAAUAAUUGGCAAAAAACUAAACCGAUAAAAAUCGUCUGCUUAAUUAAGGAUGUAUGGUGGCAGGUACGGCGGAAGGGGAGGAGCCUAUAACCGUCACGAGUCACGCGCUCGUCCGCGUGAAGAUUUCAUGUCGAGCUAUGAGUCUUACAUGAGAGGCUCAGACCGCUAUGGAAAUUACAACUCUACGUCCUCAUAUUAUGGAAGAGGGUCUGGGAGUCUGGAAAUGUCCGGUGUUGACCUAUAUAUACAGUAUAACACACGGGCUCACCAUACAAACGAGUUUGAUAUCACCGAUGGCACGGUAUAUGACAGUCGAGAAGUUCUCGUUGUACGACGUGGUCAACCGUUCUACAUGAAAAUCAUGUUAAAUCAACCAUACACUCCUGCAAAAGACAAUCUACGACUAGUUUUUCUAUUUGGUAAGAACCCAAACCCUGCGCGCGGAACACAAGUUGAACUCUUCCUAUCUACGGAUUCAGGACAUAAUGCUGGGGGAUGGGGUAUUAAUAUUGAGGCCUCAGAUGGCGCAUCUGUGUCUCUUUCUGUGUCUGCCCCGCCCACAUGUUUAGUUGGAAAGUGGUAUCUGAAAGUAGACUUGUUAAAGGAAGGCGGCAAUACCAGACAUAACAUGAAAAGAUACGAUCACAAAGAUCCGAUAUACAUUCUAUUCAAUCCAUGGUGUAAAUAUGAUCAGGUGUUCAUGAGCAACGAUGAAUUGCUUGGAGAAUAUGUAAUGAAUGAGACGGGCAAGAUAUACAAUGGUAGUUCCCAAAAUAUCUCUUUCAUGCCGUGGAACUUCGGGCAGUUUUCAGGCAAAGUUCUCGAUUGUGUUAUGUACCUUCUUGACGAGUUGUCGAACCUUCCUGAACAUCAGCGGGGAGACGCAGUCAAAGUUUCCCGAAUGAUCUCCAGCUUGGUGAACAGUAGUGACAACAAUGGAGUGGUGGUUGGUAAUUGGAGUGGUCGAUAUCAAGGGGGCGCUUCUCCGAUGUCCUGGACCGGAAGUGUAGAUAUUUUGGAACAAUAUUACAAGACAAAACGACCCGUGAAAUACGGUCAAUGCUUCAUAUUUGCUGCAGUUGUUGCAACAGUAUGUAGAGCUCUAGGUAUACCUGUAAGAUGUGUAACCAACUAUAAUUCUGCUCACGAUACCGACGCAAGUGUGACAAUAGAUAAAUAUUUCAACAGAAAUUUUGAAGAAAUCGAAGAGCUGAAUAAAGAUUCCAUUUGGAAUUUCCAUGUGUGGAAUGAUGUGUGGAUGACUCGACCAGAUCUUCCGGCAGGCUAUAAUGGUUGGCAAGCCAUAGAUGCCACACCCCAAGAAAAGAGUAAAGGCAUCUACUGCAUGGGACCAGCGUCUUUGACGGCUGUUAAAAAUGGACACAUACGUCUUCCGCAUGACGCACCUUUUGUGUUUGCCGAGGUGAACGCUGAUAGAAUAAUGUGGAUGGGUGUGUCUCCGCACAAUCGACGAAUGAUAAAGAAGGAGACAAAUUUGGUCGGCCAGUUUAUGAGUACAAAGAAACCACUGUCACUAACUGAGACAACCGAUUGGAGGCUUGUAAGUAAUCGUUUGUAUUAUUUUGAUGAUCGUUUUUUACAAUUAAAUUCAUCUACAUUUAAUUUGUUUCUUAAACAGGAUGAUGUUGCAUUUGAACUAAAAGCUGACAAUAACACUUUCAUUGGCCAGCCAUUGAACGCUGUGCUGAUAAUAAAGAAUCUGAGUAAAAUGACAAGGACAGUUGGCGGACACGUCAGUAUAAAAUCAGUAUAUUACACUGGUGCUACAUACAGAGAGGUUGUUAAGGGAGAUCUUCCAAAGACAUCACUGAGAAUGGAUGAAGAUAAAAGAUUUCAAAUGGAAGUCCCAGUUAGAUAUUAUUUGGAAAAGUUAACCGACCACUGCUUUCUUAAGAUAACAUUUUCCUGCAUGGUUGAGGAAACAGGACAGGCAUUUGCUGAAGUUGCUGAGGUUAGACUUCGUAAACCACAUAUUACUAUCAAGGCUCCGAAUACCGGAUAUAUUGGCCAGACAUUCAAGGUUGAAGCAUCCUUCAUGAACCCUCUACCUACACCUCUAACAAACAGUAUUCUACGCGUUGAAGGUCCAGGAUUUCAGAAACCAGUUACUUACAGAAUACAAGAUGUAGAUGUUGGCAAGGGUAUGAAUGUAACUUUGGAGUUUACACCAGUGAAGGUUGGAGAGAAGGAGAUUAUCAUGAACUUCUGCUCUGAUGAACUGGCUAAUGUUAACGCGGCACAACCAGUAUAUAUUCACCGGUAGACCAGGCGAAAUUGCAAAAUAUAUGUACAUCGUAUAACAUGUGUGAUGUAAAAACAUAUUUGGGACAUAUUUGUAUUUGUGAAUAUUUGUACCAUAACGAAUUGUUACGUGUUUCGAUUAUAUACGUGCAAAAUUAUUGCCACUUGACUUUAAUACUAUUUUAGCUUAUAUCAUGUCAACAUGUAAAAUAAAUUAAAUCAGUCUGCAUGCUUAAAAUGUAUUAAUAGUACAUGUAUUAUCUUAUUUACAUACAAGGAAUGCAACAUACUCCUUUGAACAUGACACGUCUUUUUUUAACAUAACACUUAUAUAUCUUGUUAACUAUUUUUCUAUUUUCUAGUAUCACAAAAAUAACAAGAUAAGUUGUUUUUUACCAUUGUUAUCGAAAAAAGCAUUUCCUGACUUGAUCAUAUUCAGAUUUACACAUUGUUAAAUCUAUACAUUAUGUUAAAUGUACAAUUUUCAAUGGUAAAUUACUUAAAUAAAUCAUGACCAUUUUCCAUUGUAUUUUUGUAUGCUUAUUGUACAUCUUGUGUUUUAUAUCUAUGUUUCUAUAUAGUUGCAUCACAACCAGAUGCUUUUAUCUAGAAAUUACUUUUUUUCUGGGUCAUUAGCAUUUUAAUGAAGGAAAGUUGUUGUGACAGAAAUUAACAAGGUUAUGAACUGUUUGUUUUCGUAGAUUUGUGUUAUACUGAAUUUUUAUACAAAACUAUUUAAUGAAACUUUGUAUUUAAUGAAACUUUAAUGAAACUUUGUUAUUUUCCAAUAUUUUUCUAAAGCUGUUAUGUUUUUUCAUUUAAAAUAUUCUAUUCAAAUGUUAUCAUCAUUGUUUCUUUUUAAUAAACACUUAUUAGUUUUACUUACAAGAAGAGCGUUUUAUAUCGUUUAUUUGACUAUAAAUCAAAUUAAAAUCAUUAAAACGUUUGUCUUAUCCAAAAAAAUAAUUGUUUGAGAAUGGAUCGAGAUCGUCAUUAGAGAUGGACAAAGGUUGUGUGUAAGUUUAGUUCAAAAUUUUGUAAAAGCUAUUUGGAUAUGUGGAUCGAGUUUCAGAUAACAAUAAGUGGUAUAAAUGUAAACACAUAUGAAAAACGUCUAGCCAUUUUCCUCGCACGAUUACAAUAUCUUUUGGAACUAAUAUCAGCCACCUGUUUUUGAUACUAUGAGGUUAUUAUACAUUGUUGAGUACAAUACUGAAUUAUAUUGGACGGGUACACAACUGUCAAAACUAUAUUGGACGAGGUGCUAGUCGAGUCUGAUAUAGGUUUUGUCGCAGUGGAUGAUUCCAACAGAAUCGUUAUUGUUUUAGUUAUUUCUAACCGCCAUUUUUUACAUUAUGACGGAACUAUAUUUCUUUAUGUACAAAAAAAAUUUGAUAUAGAUUUUGGAAUCUCAAUUAAUGAAAACGAGGCUAUAUGGGUGUGAUAUGAAAUUUGAUAUGAACCUUUUGGACACUGGAAAUGGUAACAACCCUAUAAAGGGUGUGAGAUGGAUUUUGAUCUAGACUACGGGAAUCAAAACGAGGCUACAUUGAUAAUAUUGGAUUCAAUAAUGAUUUAUAUUUGAACAUCAGGUGGUACAUAUGCUGAAAGUCUAUUGGUUAUUCUUUAUAUGAUAUGAAAUAAAUUAUCAUGUGCUAUUCUAUUUCUUCACUUAAAAGGUGACUAGUGUAUCACCCGAUACCAUUGCAUCUGCAUCUUUAGAUAAAAACGAAGUCAAUAUAAAGAAUUUAUAGCAGUUUAUUUAAACAAGAGAACGUAAACAUAACGGUGACGAAAGCAUAAAAAACAUAACACUCAGUGUGCAUAAAACAUAAAAAAAAGUCACUUGUGUGAAUACAAACACACAUACAUAGCAUAUACAUCUCAUGUAUUACACAUAUACGAAAACAUUUACGGGUUACAUAUGUAUAUAAUACAAACAUAUCCAAAAGAUACAUUAGGUCCCCAGACAGUAACUAUUUGUAAUAAACAUUUUACAUCUUGAAAACAUAGAUAUAAUCAAUUAGAUCAUGUUAUCAUUUUGAUUUGAUUUGAUUUAUUUAAGAAAUACCUAUACAUAUUAUACCUAACCGAUAUAUCAUAUAUAUUCAGACAGCUUUAUAAAAUUUAAGAGAAAAAAAAGCAAAAACAAAAUUAAGCCUAAAUAAAAAAAAAAAAAAAAAAAAAAAAAA